AUGGCUUUUCUAAUGAGGCAGCCGCCUAGCUACAAGCCCCAGCAGCAGCAGCAGCCGCCUAGCUACAAGCCCCAGCAGCAGCAGCAGCCGCCUAGCUACAAGCCCCAGCAGCAGCCGCCUAGCUACAAGCCCCAGCAGCAGCAGCCGCCUAGCUACAAGCCCCAGCAGCAGCAGCCGCCUAGCUACAAGCCCCAGCAGCCGCCUAGCUACAAGCCCCAGCAGCCGCCUAGCUACAAGCCCCAGCAGCCGCCUAGCUACAAGCCCCAGCAGCCGCCUAGCUACAAGCCCCAGCAGCAGCAGCAGCCGCCUAGCUACAAGCCCCAGCAGCAGCAGCAGCCGCCUAGCUACAAGCCCCAGCAGCAGCCUAGCUACAUGCAGCCCCAGCAGUCUGGCUACCAGCCCCAGCAGCCGCCGGCUGGCUACAUGCAGCCGCCGGCUGGCUACAUGCCGCCGGCUGGCUACAUGCCGCCGGCUGGCUACAAGCCGAAGCCCCAGCAGCCUAGCUACAAGCCCCAGCAGCAGCCGCCGAGCUACAAGCCCCAGCCCAAGCAGCAGCAGCAGCAGCCGCCUAGCUACAAGCCCCAGCCCAAGCAGCAGCAGCCUAGCUACAAGCCCCAGCCCAAGCAGCAGCAGCCUAGCUACAAGCCCCAGCCCAAGCAGCAGCAGCCUAGCUACAAGCCCCAGCAAACUCAGCAGCCGCCUAGCUACAAGCCCCAGCAGCCGCCUAGCUACAAGCCCCAGCAGCAGCAGCAGCCGCCGCCUAGCUACAAGCCCCAGCAGCAGCAGCCGCCGCCUAGCUACAAGCCCCAGCAGCAGCAGCCGCCUAGCUACAAGCAGCAGCAGCAGCCGCCUAGCUACAAGCAGCAGCAGCAGCCGCCGCCUAGCUUCAAGCCCCAGCCGCCGCCUAGCUACAAGCCCCAGCCCAAGCAGCAGCCGCCUAGCUACAAGCCCCAGCCCAAGCAGCAGCAGCCUAGCUACAAGCCCCAGCAAACUCAGCAGCCGCCUAGCUACAAGCCCCAGCAAACUCAGCAGCAGCCGCCUAGCUACAAGGCCCAGCAGCAGCAGCCGCCUAGCUACAAGCCCCAGCAGCAGCAGCCGCCUAGCUACAAGCCCCAGCAGCAGCAGCCGCCUAGCUACAAGCCCCAGCAGCAGCAGCCGCCUAGCUACAAGCCCCAGCAGCAGCAGCCGCCUAGCUACAAGCCCCAGCAGCAGCAGCCGCCUAGCUACAAGCCCCAGCAGCAGCAGCCGCCGCCUAGCUACAAGCCCCAGCAGCAGCAGCAGCCGCCGCCUAGCUACAAGCCCCAGCAGCAGCAGCAGCCGCCGCCUAGCUACAAGCCCCAGCAGCAGCAGCCGCCUAGCUACAAGCCCCAGCAGCAGCAGCCGCCUAGCUACAAGCCCCAGCAGCAGCAGCCGCCUAGCUACAAGCCCCAGCAGCAGCAGCCGCCUAGCUACAAGCCCCAGCAGCAGCAGCCGCCUAGCUACAAGCCCCAGCAGCAGCAGCAGCCGCCUAGCUACAAGCCCCAGCAGCAGCAGCAGCCGCCUAGCUACAAGCCCCAGCAGCAGCAGCAGCCGCCUAGCUACAAGCCCCAGCAGCAGCAGCAGCCGCCUAGCUACAAGCCCCAGCAGCAGCAGCAGCAGCCGCCUAGCUACAAGCCCCAGCAGCAGCAGCAGCAGCCGCCUAGCUACAAGCCCCAGCAGCAGCAGCAGCCUAGCUACAUGCAGCCCCAGCAGCAGCAGCAGCCUAGCUACAUGCAGCCCCAGCAGUCUGGCUACCAGCCCCAGCAGCCGCCGGCUGGCUACAUGCCGCCGCCGGCUGGCUACAUGCCGCCGGCUGGCUACAUGCCGCCGGCUGGCUACAUGCCGCCGGCUGGCUACAAGCCGAAGCCCCAGCAGCCUAGCUACAAGCCCCAGCCCAAGCAGCAGCAGCAGCAGCCGAGCUACAAGCCCCAGCCCAAGCAGCAGCAGCAGCAGCAGCAGCCGAGCUACAAGCCCCAGCCCAAGCAGCAGCAGCAGCCGCCGAGCUACAAGCCCCAGCCCAAGCAGCAGCAGCAGCCUAGCUACAAGCCCCAGCCCAAGCAGCAGCCGCCUAGCUACAAGCCCCAGCAGCAGCAGCCGCCUAGCUACAAGCCCCAGCAGCAGCAGCCGCCUAGCUACAAGCCCCAGCAGCAGCCCCAGCAGCAGCCGCCUAGCUACAAGCCCCAGCAGCAGCCGCCUAGCUACAAGCCCCAGCCCAAGCAGCAGCCGCCUAGCUACAAGCCCCAGCCCAAGCAGCAGCCGCCUAGCUACAAGCCCCAGCAAACUCAGCAGCCGCCUAGCUACAAGCCCCAGCAGCAGCAGCCGCCUAGCUACAAGCCCCAGCAGCAGCAGCCGCCUAGCUACAAGCCCCAGCAGCAGCAGCCGCCUAGCUACAAGCCCCAGCAGCAGCAGCCGCCUAGCUACAAGCCCCAGCAGCAGCCCCAGCAGCAGCCGCCUAGCUACAAGCCCCAGCAGCAGCAGCCGCCUAGCUACAAGCCCCAGCAGCAGCCGCCUAGCUACAAGCCCCAGCAGCAGCAGCAGCCGCCUAGCUACAAGCCCCAGCAGCAGCAGCCGCCUAGCUACAAGCCCCAGCAGCAGCAGCCGCCUAGCUACAAGCCCCAGCAGCAGCCGCCUAGCUACAAGCCCCAGCAGCAGCAGCCGCCUAGCUACAAGCCCCAGCAGCAGCAGCCGCCUAGCUACAAGCCCCAGCAGCAGCAGCCGCCUAGCUACAAGCCCCAGCAGCAGCAGCCGCCUAGCUACAAGCCCCAGCAGCAGCAGCCGCCUAGCUACAAGCCCCAGCAGCAGCAGCCGCCUAGCUACAAGCCCCAGCAGCAGCAGCCGCCUAGCUACAAGCCCCAGCAGCAGCAGCCGCCUAGCUACAAGCCCCAGCAGCAGCAGCCGCCUAGCUACAAGCCCCAGCAGCAGCAGCCGCCUAGCUACAAGCCCCAGCAGCAGCAGCCGCCUAGCUACAAGCCCCAGCAGCAGCAGCAGCCUAGCUACAAGCCCCAGCAGCAGCCUAGCUACAUGCAGCCCCAGCAGUCUGGCUACCAGCCCCAGCAGCCGCCGGCUGGCUACAUGCCGCCGGCUGGCUACAUGCCGCCGGCUGGCUACAUGCCGCCGGCUGGCUACAUGCCGAAGCCCCAGCAGCCUAGCUACAAGCCCCAGCAGCAGCCGCCGAGCUACAAGCCGAAGCCCCAGCAGCCUAGCUACAAGCCCCAGCCGCCGAGCUACAAGCCCCAGCCCAAGCAGCAGCCGCCGAGCUACAAGCCCCAGCCCAAGCAGCAGCCGCCGAGCUACAAGCCCCAGCCCAAGCAGCAGCCGCCGAGCUACAAGCCCCAGCCCAAGCAGCAGCCGCCGAGCUACAAGCCCCAGCAAACUCAGCAGCCGCCGAGCUACAAGCCCCAGCAAACUCAGCAGCCGCCUAGCUACAAGCCCCAGCAGCAGCAGCAGCCGCCUAGCUACAAGCCCCAGCAGCAGCAGCAGCCGCCUAGCUACAAGCCCCAGCAGCAGCAGCCGCCGCCUAGCUACAAGCCCCAGCAGCAGCAGCCGCCCUACAUGCAGCCCCAGCAGCCUGGCUACCAGCCCCAGCAGCCGCCGGCUGGCUACAUGCAGCCCCAGCAGUCUGGCUACCAGCCCCAGCAGCCGCCGGCUGGCUACAUGCAGCCCCAGCAGUCUGGCUACCAGCCCCAGCAGCCGCCGGCUGGCUACAUGCAGCCCCAGCAGUCUGGCUACCAGCCCCAGCAGCCGCCGGCUGGCUACAUGCCGCCGGCUGGCUACAUGCCGCCGGCUGGCUACAAGCCUAAGCCCCAGCAGCCUGGCUACAAGCCGCAGUAA